AUGGCCGAAUUCACCGACACCGUCCGGACCAGCACUCCAGUGCCAACAGUGGAGCAGUACAAUUGCGUCGCUUGCAAUAAACCGGAUUCCAUGUGUGACAUGGUGCAGUGCGACACCUGCGAUCAGUGGUGGCACCAACUCUGUGCCGGCGUGACGAGUUCUAUUGAGAAGGUCCCCUGGAGCUGUCGGAACUGCAUUCCGGAUGGUAGCGUGCAUUCUGUUACAUCUCGCGCGCGCCAGACCGCUCUCCAGUUGCAGCAGCUCGAUGCACAGCGCGCACUGGAACGCCAGGCUAGUAAAGCGAAGCUUCAGGCGGAACUGGACGAUAUUGCUGCGGAACAGCAAUAUGUUCAAGACAGAUUCAAUCUGCUCCAGGAAGACAACGGUCAAGAAGAAGAACAAGAAAGCAUUAGGAGCCAAGGCAGUCGCAGGGGCAACCGCCUGCGAGUGGAAAACUGGCUCAACAAAACGCAAACUCCAAGUGGUCAGCCGCAGCCGCCGAUGAGCAGCGCGAUCACCGAGCAACAACCGAGGGAAGUCCUCACGAGGAUCCAGCAGCAAGGUCGAAGCACUGGCGCGUAUCCGAAAAACAGCGCAGGAAGAAAUCCAUCCGCAUUUCUCAACCAAAAUGUCAAACCUUGGCCAGAUAACCAGGAAUGGAAUUCCUGGUCCGUCAUGGGUGUUCAUCAGUGGGAAUCCGUCCUGCUACAAAAAGGCCGUUUACAAAUGGAGGGUCCCAAAACCAAAUCGUUUGGUAUUCAACAACAUUCAACAGGAAGUGCCAACGUAGGUGCUAGGUCGAGUCAGGAGCACCUUGGUCUUGAAUAUCAGCCGUCGAACCAGCCAAAUCCGGCCAGCCGGGCAGCAAAAUCCAGACCAAUUUUCCCAUCACUAGUUCCGUUGGCCCCACCUCUUGCCGCACCAAUUCAGCUUGCCUCCCAGGUCGAUGCGGGGAUUACCACCGGUACCUCAGGACAAAUUCCAACUUUUACGAGAUCCGGUUGUCAUUCAGCCCCUCGGAUCACACCAGCAGCUAAUCCCUCGGAUCAAUUCGAGCCGGAAACACCGAGAAGAAACCCGUCGCAUCCGUCGACGAAUCCAGGGGCACCGACCGACUUCGGGCAUCGUGUGCCAAAUCAGUCCAGCCAUCAACAACGUUUCGCCCAGCAACCGUGGCAGCCGAUCAACAACAGACAACAGCCAGCAACAAGUACGGUACCACUUCCACCCUUCAGGAACCACAUCAACGAACAAGGUAAGACUGCUCCAAUGUAUGCCCCAAAUGAAAAUGAAAUGCCUGCCCCUGAAUAUGACCCCCUCGAGCCUUUAAUGAACCAAUUAGGCCUUGAGCCAAAUGAACGCCCACAAUACACCCCAUUUAUAAAUACCUACCAACCAUCUCAAUCACAACUUGCGGCACGACAAUUAAUGGCCCGUGAUCUCCCCAUCUUCGAUGGCAAUCCCUCUGAUUGGCCAAUAUUUGUGAGUACUUUCACCAACACCACCCUCGCCUGCGGUUCUUCUCCCGUGGAAAAUCUAAACCGUCUACAACGCUCCUUGAAAGGUGCUGCCUUAGCAGCCGUUCGCAGCAAGCUCAUGCUCCCUGAUGCUGUUCCGCUCAUCAUGAAGACUCUUCGCGCUUUCUACGGCCGUCCCGAAUCGCUUAUCAAUUCCCUCUUGGAAAAGAUCCGCGUCUUACCAGCUCCAAAGCCCGAGAACCUGGGGUCACUGGCCGACUUUGGAAUGGAGGUGCAGAAUCUUUGUGACCACAUUGAAGCAGCGAAUCAACAAGCACAUAUGAACAAUCCCUCUCUCUUAUCGAAACUUGUUGAAAAAUUACCGGCGUUUGCUGCAUAUCAGUGGGCAGUCUACAGCAGUGGUUUGGCGAGUGUCAGUCUACGAGAAUUUGGUGAUUUCAUGUCGGAUUUGGUCAAGCAUGUCGGUAAGGUGACAAAGUAUCGUGGGGCGUUAGUGAAGGAAGACAAGCCUAGGGCCAAGCGUGGCGCUCUUCACACACAUUCAGAAACACCAACUACAUCGAAGGAGGUCGCUGUUCCGAAAAAGUGUUCGCUUUGUACUCAGAAUCAUCCUCUCAAAGAUUGUCCGAAAUUUAAGUCAUUGGAUGUCGAUGGUCGUUGGCAUACGAUACAAAGGGAAGGUAUUUGUCGCAAUUGUUUAAACUACCAUGGUCGAAGGUCGUGUCGCAGCAACAGUCGGUGUGGAAUCGAAGGCUGCACAACUCGUCAUCAUCCUCUGCUCCAUUCAAAUCGCUCCUUCCAAAACAAGUCAUCCGCAUCAACAUCCAAUAAUCGAUCAAAUCCUACUCCAUCAGCUCCGGUGCAGAAAGCACCAGUAUCCGGUGAAUGUCUAACACAUCGUAGCCCAGAACACAAGUUCCUCUUCCGUAUACUUCCGAUAACAGUUCAUGGUGCAGGAAAGUCAAUUGAUACACAUGCCUUUGUUGAUGAAGGAUCCUCUCUCACACUUGUUGAGCAAUCUCUUGUUAAAGAAUUAGGUGCGAAAGGAACUCCACGAGUUUUAUGUUUGACAUGGACAGGCAAAAUAUCUCGAACUGAUAGAGAAUCGGAAGUUUUAGACUUGACUAUCUCCGGCCAGAACAACAUGAAAGUUUGUUUGAAAGAUUCACGUACUGUCAAGAACUUAUCCCUGAGCAAGCAAUCUCUCGAUUUUUCGCAUCUUUCCGAACAAUUUCCGCACCUGAAAGGGCUUCCUGUCGCUUCGUAUACCAAUAUAACUCCUCGUUUGCUCAUUGGUUUGAACAAUCUCAACUUAACUGUCCCAUUGCGCAUUAAAGAAGGCCAGCCAGGAGCGCCUACAGCAGCAAAAACAAGGCUUGGUUGGUGCUUGUAUGGCGGAGUAGCGGAGAAUAGCUCAUUAUCCAUGGUCAACUACCACACCUGUUCAUGUACGGCCGACAAUUCUUUGCACGAUCUAGUUCGGGAUUAUUUCAGAAGAGAAGACGUAGGUGUAUCACCUGCGAUACAGAUAGAGUCAGAUGCUGACACAAGAGCACGGCGUAUUCUGCAGACAACUACGUCACGAUGUGGUGAUCGAUUUCAAACGGGUCUACUCUGGCGAUUCGACGAAUUUGAACUUCCGGACAGUCGCCCGAUGGCAUACAAACGCUGGGAAUGCUUGCAACGUAGAAUGAACCGUCAGCCUCAGUUGCGACUCAAUCUUGAACUGCAAAUAAAGAGCUACAUCGAAAAGGGCUAUGCCCACCGUGCAACUGAAGAGGAGCUGAUCAAUGCCGACCCGAGACGCACUUGGUUUCUUCCGCUUGGAGCGGUCAUUAAUCCCAAAAAGCCGGAGAAGGUGCGCAUGAUAUGGGACGCUUCCGCCACAGUAGACGGAAUUUCCCUGAACACAAUGCUAUUGAAAGGCCCUGACGAACUCAAUCCUCUACCUUGGGUCCUUUUUCGUUUCCGGCAAUUUCCCGUGGCCAUUUCAGCGGAUAUUGCGGAAAUGUUCCACCAGAUUAGAAUUAUCGAAAAAGACAGGCAAGCUCAGCGCUUCCUCUGGAACCCUGAUCCACAAUGUCAACCAGAAGUUUAUACCAUGAACGUAGCUACCUUCGGUUCCACCUGUUCUCCCGCAUCUGCGCACUACGUUAUGACUCUGAACGCCAAGCAAAACGAAAAACAAUAUCCCAGGGCAGUAGAGGGAAUAGUAAAAAGAACCUACGUUGAUGAUUACGCAGAUAGUUUUGAGAACGAAGAAGAAGCGUCACGAAUAGCGGGUGAAGUCAAAUUGAUUCAUGCCAAGGGCGGAUUCAACAUAAGAGGCUGGAUGUCUAACAGUUCUAAGGUCCUCGAAAGCCUCGGAGAAGCCGAAACCUCACAGCCGAAAUCGCUAAACUUGGAGAACCCAAGGGGUUAUGAACGCAUCUUAGGUAUGCACUGGACGUCGAAAGAAGAUAGCCUGGGGUUCUCGACCAUUCUACCUCCAGAUAUCAACGAACUGCUAGCCACCGUAUCCGCUAAAACCAAGGUAGCCCCUUUAAAACACUGGUCCAUACCUCGUCUUGAGUUGCAAGCAGCCGUGAUAGGAGUUCGAUUGAGGAAAUUCAUCGUAGACGGACAUUCACUGAACAUUCGACGCACCGUUUUCUGGUCUGACUCAAGCACUGUCCUCGCAUGGAUUCGUUCGGACCACCGACGUUACACCCAGUUUGUUGCGUGUCGUGUAGGCGAAAUACUCUCGAACAGUGAAAUCUCCGAAUGGCGUUGGGUCCCUUCGAAACUCAACAUUGCAGAUCAUGCUACGAAGUGGUUCCACGAGCUUGAGAUCCAACAAGAUUCCGCUUGGUUUAGCGGGCCCGAAUUCCUGAAAGAGUCCGAAAAAAACUGGCCGCAACCUAGAUCGUCUACGACUACCACUGAAGAACUCAAGGUACCCUGUCUCGUCCAUCAACCUCAUGAAACUCAAACAACUGUCGAUUUCACCAGAUUUUCUAAAUGGGAAAGAGUCUUAAGAACCACUGCCUAUGUGAACCGGUACAUUGCCCUCAAGACAAACCGAGUGAAAAGUUUUCCAGAACAUCUUGGUCAACAGGAACUCCGUGAUGCCGAAAAUUCACUGUUUGGGAAUGCCCAAUGGUGUUCAUAUCCUGCCGAAAUGAGCGUUGCGGUUCACAAUCGAGGAAAAUCGACAGAACAACGAAAUAAUCUACCGAAACAAAGCAUUCUUCGUCAAAUGUCACCGUACUUGGAUGAAAACGGCGUUCUUCGCGUCGACAGCCGUAUCGGUGCUGCAAAACGUGUGUCAACGUGCACCAAGUAUCCAGUGAUUCUUCCUCAAUACCAUCGACUAACCGACCUGAUCAUAGAUUUCUACCAUCGAAAAUACAUUCACUGCAACUUCGAAACCGUCGUCAAUGAGUUGCGCCAGCGAUUCUACAUUCCCCGUAUUCGACAAACAGUGAAGCGUGUCCUUCGACAAUGCCAGUGGUGCAAAAUCUAUAAAUCCAAACCCCAGGUUCCUCGGAUGGCACCUUUACCGGAAGCAAGACUUGCCGCAUAUACUCGUCCCUUCAGUUACACCGGGCUGGACUUAUUUGGACCAAUACUAGUGAAGUCUGGGAGACAAGCGCUGAAAAGAUGGGUCGCCCUCUUCACGUGCUUGACCAUCAGAGCUGUGCACGUAGAGGUCGUUUACAGUUUGAGCACCGAGUCAUGCAUUAUGAGCAUUCGUCGUUUCAUCGGAAGGCGAGGAGCUCCAAUCGAGAUCCAUUCAGACAAUGGGACAAAUUUCCGGGGCGCUGACAAUAUCCUGCAACAAUAA